AUGGCAAAUAGAACUCACACGCAACUGACUGAAUUUAUUCUUGUGGGAUUGUUUCCAAAUCGACAACCAUUGUUUUUUGUAUUGUUUUUAACCAUUUAUAUUUUCACCUUAAUGGGCAAUAUGAUUAUCAUUUUAACAAUCACCUUGGAAGCUCAGCUUCACUCUCCCAUGUAUCUUUUCCUGCGAAGCCUGUCUCUGACAGAGAUAUUUUACAUAUCAGUAACAGUCCCGCGAAUGCUUAAAGAUUUCCUUCAUCUUGAUAAAGCAGUAUCUUUUCUUGAUUGUGCUACUCAGCUCUACUUCUUCUGUUUUCUUGGUACCACUGAGUGCUUCCUGCUUGCAUUUAUGGCAUAUGAUAGAUUUGUGGCUAUCUGUCAUCCACUUCAUUACAUGACUGUAAUGACCAAAUCUAAGUGCUUAGAAUUUUCACUUGGAUCAUGGCUGUCAGGCAUUUUACUCUCAUUAUUCCAAAUUUCCUAUGUUUUUAGUUUGCCUUUUUGUUCAUCCAAUAUCAUUGACCAUGUCUUCUGUGAUAUUCUCCCAGUUGUAAGGUUAGCUUGUGCUAAUACCUUUGCCAAUGAAAUUGCAAUUUUGAUGUAUGGUUCCUUGGUUAUACUGUUACCUUUUCUCCUUAUUACGGUGUCAUACAUACAUAUUAUUGCCACUAUAAUAAAAAUACCAUCUGCUGUUGGAAGAAAGAAGACAUUUUCAACAUGUGGGUCUCACCUGACAUCUGUAACUUUAUUCUAUGGAACAGCCACAAUAGUAUAUCUAAAAACAAAAUCUGCUCGCGAAUAUGUAGGGACAAAAGUAAUAGCUCUUUUUUACAUUGUAUUCAUUCCAAUGCUUAAUCCCUUGAUUUACAGUUUACGAAACACAAUUAUUAAAAAUGCCAUAACAAAAAUGUUAAAAAUACAAUAA